UUUUAUAGUUUUGGACGUGGUUUAACAUUAUUGUUUGGUAAAGCUGCAGCUUGCAGUGGUGUACAAUAAAUAGAGAAGGAUUUUAAAGAGAUAUUUGGCUGGAAACACUACAGACACAUGGCUCAAUCUGGCAACCUUGCUUUUCGGACCCCUGUAGAGUUCAGUCUAACUUUUUCCUCAAACUUGUGAAGUCGCUCGGACUCUCCUUCUUUCUUUUGGGAAGGCUGAAUUCAGCCAGACUCUAGUUUUAUGUUUAAUUGCUUGUGGUAUUUGUCUUUAAUUGUCAGGAUUUGCAAUGAGGGUUAAGGCUCAUCUGAGCAGUUUGGGCUUCGCUGUGCUGCUUUUGGGAAGCGUGUCUCUGAGUCUGCAGUACAACGCGCACAGGCUCAGAAACAAAAACUGGUGCGCGUUUAUCGUGCAGAAGAACGUGAGCUGUGCAGUGCGCGCGGACAUUCCCGCAGUGGUUGAAGCUGAAGCUGCGCCCUGCCCUCCACACCAGCCUGACUGCGAGCCACCAGUGAUGUAUCAGACCCAUUUUCAACCCAGUUACAGGAUUUCCUAUAAGACCGUUACUGAACUGGAAUGGAGGUGCUGUCCAGGGUAUCAGGGUCCAGACUGCAAAGAACUAAAAGGCUCCCCAAAUCGACAGAUGUUACUUAAACCUCAACCAAAGCCACAUUCUCAGCCCUAUACUGGAUACACGCAAAACUCACAAAGGCCAGAGAGACGGGAGACAGAGCAGUACAACACCUACCAUGAGGUUGAGAAAACUCGUCAACUGGAGGCAGAAGUGCAGCGCCUUUCUCAGACAGUGUUGGACCUCCAGGCAGCCAUGACUAGCAUGACUGCGAACCUACGUACUGAUUUACAGGAGGACACUAGCAAAAUGCUCGUCACUCUCCUCAGCAACAUGCAUGUGCAAGACAGCGCAAAAACAGGCGGUACAGAGGAAAGCUUGAUGCAUCUGGAUGGACACCAGGCCACAAGGGGACUGGAGGAGAGGGGCAUGGAAAAAGUGCUGGCCAGGCUUAAUGAUGUGACAGAUGCUCUGAAAAGCAAGGAUGAGGCGAUUGAGGAGCUGCGGGAAGCUGUGACUGGACACAGUGGCCAGAUCCGAAUACUAAUGGAUGCUUCUCAGGGACCAACAGUUACUGCUGGUGCCUCCUCAGACAUUGAUAUCCUUCAGUCCUACAUUGAUACUAAGUUUGAGAAAUUAAAGAAGGAGCUCGUUGUGGACAUGAAGGAUGAGAUAGCAAAGCUGAAGAAUGCAUGUGAUGAUAAGAUACUGUCUUUUCAGAAGACCUGUAAAGAGGGAUGGAAGAUAAGUUAUGACAACCUGACAAAACUACUGGACAGCCGGGAGGCUGAGCUCAAGAAGGAGAUACGCGAGCUACAUCUGGAUAUGGCUAUGUCUGAUGGGCUGGUGCGCACUCAUAGACAAACAGCUCCAUUUAAAGAGGAUGACAGUGAUUUACGAAACAUGCUUCAGCGUCUGGUAGACGCACAUCAAGUCUUAAAUGCCCGUGUGGACAACGAACUGGGACAUCUGUCCAUGCUACAGCUGGAAGAUGUAUUUGGCCCUCGCUUGGAUGAGCUUGAAGCCAGGAUGAAUGUGACCGAGAGGAAUGCAGAAAUCUACUGCUUCUAUGUGGAUGAGAAGUUAACCAAGGCUCUAGCCGAAGAGACAGCAAAGAUCCAGGCGCUCUUGGACAAGAGACUGAAUUCUAUGGAGGACCAGUUUACAACCAUGCUGAUCGAAAUGAGUAACACCUCCUUCCCAGGGAUGUUCAGCGAGUCUGUUGAUGCUCUGCAAACUCAGGUUAAUGCAAACAAGUAUAUGAUUCAGGGGCUGGAGGACAAAUUGAAUGCUAUUGAGCACAUAUGCUCCACUGACUGCAACUCAAGUCCAACCAUUGAUCCUCAACACCUAGGCGGUCUGGAGAGUAUUACAAAGGAUGUGAGGCACUGUAGAAAUCAACUGGAUGUCCUGAGCACUAAUGUUGAAAGCAAUGCUGAGAAGCUUGUACAAUUAGAGGGUGUAGUUGAUCGUCUGAAGCUUGAGAAUCAACUGAACAGUGAUAGCAUGCGGGAUGUGCAGAACAAGCUGAAGCCUCUAACGGAUAAUAUGAAUGGCCUGAGUGGCGCUGUGACUGGGCUGGGAGAUGUCAUGAGCAAGUUUAGCCAAGAUCUUCAGACCCUGAACUCUAGUUGUUGUCAAAAAGCACAGGUAGAACAGAUUCAGACAUCAUCAAUGGUACCACCUCUGUCCCAUGAGGUAAGCAAACCAAGCCACAGUCAGGUGGAGGAGCUCAGCAACAGAUUAGAUAGGCUGAGAUCCCAAGUGACUGCAGAGUUGAACCUUUGUAAGGAGAAGGCAGCAGGUGCAGCUGAAGGUAUCUCUGCAGUAGGCAGCAGGAUCACUACACUAGAAGAGUUGUGUGGGAAGGUAAAUGAUGAGAGAAAUCAAGUUCAGGCUAUGAAAGAGGGUCUGGAGAGAAACUUGGCUCAAAUGAACUCCACACUGCAGAUACACUCCAGGGGGAUCAGCAACCUCCAGAUCAAUCUGCACAAUGUUCAGACUCAUCUUGCGAACAUUAAGAACCAUACCACAAAACAGCAAGGAGUGCCAGUGAAGCAGGAGAAACCCAGUACUCUGCCUGAUUCUAGGAAUGUAAUCCCACCGAGGAGGACAUACAUUCCCGAGAUCCACAUUCCUGUGUGGAUACCCCAGAGGACAGUGCCUGUUACUUCCCGUCCUUUUGUACGCCAGCCGCAGGCCGAGCCCUCAAACCCACGCCAGCCUUAUGCCCCCCUGCACCCUUCAAGCCCACACCAACAGCCUAAUCAACCAGUUGUCUUGACUGGAGUGGCCGGACCACCCGGAUACGCACAAAGAGUCCCCUCUCGACGGGAGCGUGGAUCCCACGAGUUAGGGAAACCCAUUCAUGGAUUCGCAGGUGCACCAGGCCAUCCUCCCAUAAAUCCGGUAGCGUAUAAACCCCACCCAAUCGCAGCUUCCCAAGUGUUAUGGAACCCUGCACAAAGGCUUGUUGCAACACCAGUGUCGUCUGAGAAAAACAUGUUUGUAGAGCCUUUCUCCUUUUCAGCUGGUCUCACACAUCAGGCGUUUUUGGGAGACUUUGGCAUCAUCCGUUUUAAUAAAGUGCUAGUUAAUGAUGGAGGGCACUACAAUCCCCAAACAGGAAUCUUCACGGUGCCUGUGAACGGUCGUUAUCUAGUCUCAGCCGUGCUGACAGCUCCACAGCACGAGCGGAUCGAGGCUGUACUCUCUGUGUCUGAGCGCAGCGUGCAGAAACUAGAUUCAGCAGGUUAUGGAGGACACAACGGGCAGCACACAUCAAGGCCUUGUCAGUGUGGUAGUUCUGUCUCAUUCAGCCUCAUCCUCUCGCUGCGCGCAGGAGAUCGAGUUGCACUAGUGCGCACAGCGGGCACACUUGCCCUCUCUGAGGCCAAAGAGAUGCUCUCCACGUUCAGCGGUAUCUUCCUCUAUUCCACUCAGGUUCACAGAUAACAUCCAGCAAAAAAAAAAAAAAAAAAAAACACACACAUACACACACAGCAGAGGACUGCCUGGCUGUGCAGCUCUCCACAUUUACAUGGCAGCCUGUGGUGAGCCAGACGACACUGCAAGGAAAUCACUGCUUGGCUUUGGCUUGAAAGAAACUACAGAAAAAAAAAGUGCCACACAUUGCAUUGUUGUACCAUGGAAAGCGGUGCAUUGAGAUAUUUAGUCAUACUCCACAUAUUUUCAUUUUAUAAUGUAUUUACUUACACUGCACCUUUUAAUAUAAAAAGGCGGUUUAUCAUGAGUGACAGACCAGAUUGUAUAGAAUCAUUAAUCAACAGACCAGAUUGUAUAGAAUCAUUUUAUUACAAAUCAGUGAGCAGUAUUAUAAAUGCCUUUAUUUUGCUAUAUGUAAGGAAUAAAACAGGGCAUGCUGUUAUAGGACAAUAAUAAAUGACUGGGUGUUGUGAUGCCAUUACCCCUCUGAAGACAGCAUGUCCCAAAGUGUUUUAUUCCUCUUAUACCACGGGAAUUAACCAAAGACUGCCAUUUUUAUUUAUUAAUGAAUAGGUCAUGCAUUCAACCAUUUCUAGUUACCUUUGAUGUUGUGCAGUGUCUGCCAAAAAUGUUAGCUCCUGUUAUCACUUCCCUUACAACAGUCGUUCCCACACCAGCGUUUUUUUUUUCUCCUAAAGACAAACAAUGCAGCUUGCCAUGUUGCCAAGAAACCACAAAGAUGUUCCCAUCUCAUAAAACGUAAAGUUACGGCUCUACCUCUGGAGACUCGUUCCAGAAAUGAUAAUAAACGUCUCUUCACUGAAAACCUCA